AUGGCAUACCCAAUCUAUUACAGCAUACCCAAUACCAUCUCCAGCUACGUCAUACCCAAUCCCAUCUCCAGCUAUGGCAUACCCAAUCCCAUCACCAGCUACGGCAUACCCAAUCCACUACAGCAUACCAAAUCCCAUCUCCAGCUAGGGCAUACCCAAUCCACUACACCAUACCCAAUCCCAUCUCCAGCUAUGGCAAACCCAAUCUACUACAGCAUACCCAAUCCCAUCUCUAGCUACGGCAUACCCAAUCCUAUCUCCAGCUACGGCAUACCCAAUCCCAUCUCCAGCUAUGGCAUACCCAAUCCCAUCUCCAGCUAUGGCAUACCCAAUCCCAUCUCCAGCUAUGGCAUACCCAAUCCCAUCUCCAGCAUACCCAAUCCCAUCUCCAGCUAUGGCAUACCCAAUCCCAUCUCCAGCUAUGGCAAACCCAAUACCAUAUCCAGCUACAGCAUACCCAAUCCCAUCUCCAGCUAUGGCAAACCCAAUCCCAUCUCCAGCAUACCCAAUCCCAUCUCCAGCUAUGGCAUACCCAAUCCCAUCUCCAGCUAUGGCAAACCCAAUCCCAUCUCCAGCUAUGGCAAACCCAAUCCCAUCUCCAGCAUACCCAAUCCCAUCUCCAGCUACGGCAUACCCAAUCCCAUCUCCAGCUGUCUUUAA